UGUGACUCUACCAAUUACCUUCGCGUCAUUGUACGUGGCUCGCUUAGCACCAGAAGCACUGAAGGCCACGGCGCAAGGAGUAUUUCUAUUUUGUUUGUCAGCUAUAAACCGCCCAUUAUCUUCUUGGGACUUCUUCGGACUGGGUAAUAUCUCGUCUUGAUUAUUUGUUCAAUUCGGGUUUCGGGUUGAGGAGGAGCGACGAGGACCUAAGAUGAUUGCAAUUUUCCUAAAACUUCCCUCAUCUCUCGAUAGACACGUUUAGUCAGUUAUUCAUUUCUAGCGCGACAUGUGCAGGGCUGAGGCCGGAACCCCGCUAAAUCUAAAUCGAAAUCCCUAAAUGAAAGUAACUAACUGGUAAAAGUAGCUUACUCUAAUCAUCACGUAAACCGAAUGUCCAGUUGCAUAGUAAACUUUGUUGUAAUUAUAUUCAGAUGAUCAUGAUCCUGUUUUUCGGUGUCGGACCCUCACUCGGUGCGGUUUUCUGCGGUCUGGUUCAGGAUAACUUACCAAUGAAAAUGCUGCCUGACGAGAGCAUGCGAAUUCGUUGGGUUUUUCUGGUAUGACCAUGCUUCUACGUAAUAAUAUUUCUUAGGUGAUUAAGUUGAAGCACGAAAGGAAUACAGACAUUACAUGCAUGAUUUUCCUAGAUAGCUAGAGUUGUAGCAUGCAGCCCUCUGACGGGUACAUCAUCAUGAUUGUAUGAGUUUCCUUGUAAGUAUGUACUCCAUUUUAUCUCCACUCUUUCAUAUCUACUGAGAGCCUAAACUUUCUUGUUUGAUACCUAAGGACUACCUCCAGGUGUUCACUGCUCAUUUUCCAUUCUUACAGCUACGCACAAGAUGAACAAGUACAGUCCCUUCAUGAACAUGACUAUCUACUUCAAGAGUUAUAGGGUUAGUAGUCCUCUUGCUCGUUUGUAGCCAACUCCUAUCCUAUCCUAUCCUAUCCUAUCCUAUCCUAUCCUAUCCUAUUGCCACAGGUGAGCCAACUCCUAUCCUAUCCUAUUGUAUUUCAUAGUUUCACUCUAAUUUUUAUCGCAGCGGGUGUGUUGGCUUUCUUUAUGUUUGCAUGGUUUCUUCACCAUCUGAUCGUACCGGAUACCUCAGACGAUGCGAAGUUGCGUGAACACAAGGAAACAUUGGACGAAUCCGUUGUUCUCGUGGACUCGGCUAGACCUCCUGUGGAUGGCCCAGAGGCAGUGAAGCUUGGCCCAGAAGCAGUGAAAGGUCUUCUCUUAAGGAGGUAAACUUGUUCGUGAUAUUAUCAUAAUAAUGACGUUGAACAAAGGUCUCGCGUAUGCACGUAAAACUGUGGACGGCGGACUGAAUCCUAAUCCUAAUCCUAAGGUCUACCCUUAUGGGUACAUCGUGAUGAUAAUGAAAUACGUCAUGUGCUUCAGAUUGGUUCUCUUUGUUUUUCUCCUCGUCGUGGUCGUUAUUAGGGAUUCCAUAAGAGAAUAUCGGUUGAAACUAAAUGUGCUACCGAAAAAGAAGAAAUGUGCUACCGCAUAAAUACGUCUGUCAGUCAAUAAAUCGGCACUAAACUUCUACUAAGUUCUUAGGUAUAUGAAAAUGAACCUCUAAGACUCAUGCUGCGCACCGUGUCGGGUACAAGACAAAUUUCCGCACACGCUAGUCCACAGGGCGAGGUGCUUUUGCGUCAAUUGAGCGGAGCGGCAGCCCAAAUGAGGCAGGUGUCUUCGGUGCUUCCAUUAUGGUCUUCGAAUUAUCUCUGUGUCAGAAUGAUACUACCUUUUCGUUACUUGUGUACUCUCUUUCGUGUCAUUCAUUUCUCUGUCUCAGGUAGCCUUUACUUCCAUAAUGAGCAAAAAAAAAACACGUUAGUACUCUCCCUCGACUAAAAUCAAUUAAUUAGUAAAGAUAGGCCGUGAGAUGAAAAUGGGUGAUGCACACUCUAAUGACUACACAAGGCGGUCUGGCCGACAGUGAUUUCGACGAAGCACAACCUUUGCUUCAAGGACGCGCCGCUGCGCCCAACAAGCCUUUGGCCGAACCAGCUCAAGACGAAGACGCCGCUGGACCCUCCGGGCUUGCCAGAGACUAAGACAGGGUGACGAAACGGGGGACGAAGAAGCUCUAGAGUGAAAAUGAUCGGACGUAUUCCGUGAAGCUGGGAUAUCAAUUCUAUGAGCUUAGAAACAACCUUCCUACCUCAAAUCCGAACCGACUCCAUCGUAACAUCAUGAUCGUCAGUUUCUUAGAAACAAUAGAUGAGAACUUUAAAAGACUGCUGCAUCACUGUCAGCAGCUAGCGGAAGUAAUGGAAGUAGUGAGCGGCAACAAUUGUAAGUGGUUGGUGACCAUAACUACAUACCUAGGACAACAGGUACACAUUAUGAUACAGGGGUGCCUUCUUUCACGAUACACAGUAGUGGCACCGUCAACUGCCGCUCGUGCCCAGGAGAUUAUUUUUAUAUGCUUCGUGGCUACAGCGGAUUCCGAGAAUUAUCAUUAGUGGAAGCCAGCUACCAGCAGCGGCAACCUAUCCAGGUAAGACGUAGUUAUGUCCCAUAAUCAAGCUUCGAUUUAUUUUAGCACAUCAUCAUCUUCUCUCUAAAAGUAAGAAACAUCAACAUAUGCUCUACUCCAUCAACAAAAAAACAAGAUAAAUUUAAGUACAACAAUUUGUAACCACGAUUCCAGCUUGUCUUUGCAUAUGUGGUGGAACACAGGGAUGCUGCAGUUGCGCUAGUGACCUCUUCCGGAUUGAGUACCUUUUCCACCUCACAAAUUUGGCACCUAGACGAAGAAGCAGGCUUUGAUUUUCUUUCUUCAUGACAAGUGAGAAUCGUGCUGACGCCAGUCUUUACUGUAAGUUUAGCAUUCUACUAGACCCCCAAGUCAAUUCUAGAGGCCUUCUAAGUCAACCUCGAACCUGGUGUAUAAUCAGGACUAGUAUGUAGCUUCUCUACUGUAAAUUUUUCGCUCUUGGAUAGAUUUUAGACCGCCAUUGCAGAACUUUUACACUACGACGGAAACGCCGUUAGAGCACACGUAUGCUUGCCAAAAAAUGUUGUCAGGCACGAAUCAAUGCUUGCCAAAAAAUGUUGUCAGACACAUGAUAACCA